AUGACUGCGGAUGCACCUGAUAUGGCUGAGGAUGUUCCUGACAUGGCUGAGGAUGUCCCUGAUAUGGCUGAGGAUGCACCUAAGAUGACUGCGAACGUACAGGGUGAUGAUGGUGCUGAGAGGUCACAUGUUGAUGAUGCUGAGGGAUUCCCAGGUGGGCCACGUGACCCAUCAGUGCUGACAUCAUUUGCGGACCAUGUUGCACACGCCGUUUGGAGUGGACAACUGGGAUGGGUUCGAGACAUUUAUGAGAUGAGAUGUCAGGCCCGGCGGUGGAUUUUAGCAGCUCGUGCUUAUCUGCUGCACCUGGUCGGUUGCACUCUUUUUGCUAAUAAGAGUGCAACAUAUGUUCAUGUGGUGCACCUAGACGCUUUUCGCGACCUGGGUCAGAGUGUUGGUUAUGCUUGGGGAGUUGCCGCGCUGUGCUGGAUCUAUGAGCACUUUUCUAGUAUGCAUCAGUGCGUCACAGAUGAUGCAUACCAAGAGACGUCCCCAUGUGCUUCCCGGUGGCUGACGUCGAAAGCGCAUAUCAAGGGAAUCACAGGAGCACCGUACAGGGCACGUUGUGAUGCUUUGACCGUCACAGAUGUGUCCUAG